CGAGGAAGCCCUGGGACAGUGCUUGCACCUCUCGCUUCCAGCUUUGGGUGGCGCUACGUGGGGUCAGCUGGUUCCGGUCGUGGUCCUUGCUCGCUCGCUCGCUAACACUCCGGGAAGCCUUCGGUGUGCCGUCCCGGAGGCCAUGGGGCGGCAGUGGGGGCCCGCCAUGAGGGCAGCUGAGCAGGCGGGCUGCGUGGUGAGCGCCUCCCGGGCAGGGCAGCCCGAGGCAGGCUCGUGGAGCUGCAGCGGGGUGAUCCUGAACCGUCGCCCGGGCCUGGUGCUGUGCCAUGGGGGCAUCUUCACCCCCUUCCUGCGGGCCGGCAGCGGGGCGCUGACCGCGGCGAGCGCCUCCUUCCUGCCCGGCGACAGUUGCGGCGACGACCUGCGCCUGCACGUGCAGUGGGGCCCAACCGCCGCAAGUCCGGCAGGCCGCGCGGAGCGGGGUCGCCCGGGGUUAUGCACGCCCCAGUGCGCCGGCCUGGAGCCCGGCCCGCCCGCCCGGCCCCACGGGCGACCACUGCAACCCCCGCGCCCCGCCGAGCUUCUGCUGCUGUUGAGCUGCCCGGCCUUCCGGGGCCACUUCUCAUACCUCUUCGGCGGCGAGGAGGCCGAGCAGUGGCGCUUCGCAAACGCCACACCGGAUGACGAGGUGUCGGAGGAGGAGGAAGAGGACCAGCUGAGAGCACUGGGGUGGUUCGCGCUGCUUCGCGUGCGGCCGGAGCCGAAGGAGGUGGAGGAGCGAGGGCCGGUAUUGGCCGUGGCGCCUCUCGGGGACGUGCCCAAGGGCGCACCGCUCCUGGCUUGCGGCUCCCCGUUCGGGGCCUUCUGCCCGGACAUCUUUCUCAAUACGCUCAGCCGCGGCGUGCUCAGCAACUCGGCCGGCCCGCUGCUGCUCACUGAUGCCCGCUGCCUGCCAGGCACGGAGGGCGGAGGCGUGUUCACAUCACGGCCCUCGGCGGCGUUGGUGGCGCUGGUGGCUGCACCCCUCUGCUGGAAGGCCCGCGAGUGGGUGGGCCUCACGCUGCUCUGCGCCGCCGCCCCACUGCUCAGCGUCGCCCGAGCCGCCCUCCGCGGUCUUCACCCCGACACUGCCGCCCUGGCCACCCUCCUACCGCCUGAGAUGGGCGCCCCGUGGGGCCUGCCCCUGCGAUACCGAGACCCCGGGCCCCCUUGGGUAGCUGCGGCCGUGCUGGUGGAGUGUGGUUCUGUCUGGGGCUCCGGAGUGGUCGUGGCACCCGGUCUCGUGGUGACCUGCCGGCAUGUGGCCCCCCGGGAGACGGCCAGGGUCCUGGUGCGCUCCACCACCCCCAAGAGUGCCGUAAUCUGGGGACACGUGGUAUUUGCCACCCAGGAGACGUCUCCCUAUGACAUAGCAGUUGUGAGCCUGGAGGAGGACCUAGAUGGUGUCCCUAUACCUGUGCCUGCUGAGCAUUUCCAUGAAGGCGAGGCAGUCAGUGUAGUGGGCUUCGGUGUCUUCGGCCAGGCUUGCGGGCCCUCGGUGACCUCGGGCAUCCUGUCGGCUGUGGUGCAGGUGGAUGACACACCGGUGAUGCUGCAGACCACGUGUGCCGUGCAUGGUGGCUCCAGCGGGGGACCUCUCUUCUCUGCCUGCUCCGGGGACCUCCUGGGCAUCGUCGCCAGCAACACCCGGGACAAUAACACGGGGGCCACAUACCCCCACCUGAACUUCAGCAUCCCCAUCACGGUGCUCCAGCCGGCCCUGCAGCAGUACAGCCAGACAGGCGACCUGGGCGGCUUCCGCCAGCUGGACCACGCCUCCGUGCCAGUGAGGGUGGUGUGGCGGCUGCAGCGGCCCCCAGCGGAGGCCCUGCGGAGCAAGCUCUGAAGCUGUGUCACCCCUCUGCGGGGGAGAGCAGCCCUUUGAUGCCGUGGGGAGUGCUGAUGCUGGCGGCCUCAGGAUCCAGACAGGACCCACCAGAUCCCAGUUGUCUCCCCUUCACUACCCGCCUUGCUCAGCUCUGGAGUCUGGGCCACACUUCUCUUUAGCCUCCAGGGAUCUCUUACCGGGCAGCCCGUUUGGGGGUGCUUUCUCUCUCUGCCCCUGACAGUAGACUCAGUUCUGUUCCUUCCCUUCAGGGGAGCCCAGGACAGCCGUACAACAGCCCUGAUCCUGACAGACAGAUGCUGGCUGGAAGACAGGCCCAGUCCUGGUUUCGAGUCUGUCCCCUGUCACCUGAUGAUCGCUGGCCACCUGGAGCAGCGUCUUCCCUGGGGCCUUGGCUCCUCUCUGCCCUCGGUCAGAAUGGGGCUGAUAGAGCGCUGGGGCUUCCUCAGAAAACCUCAGCAGAGGGGCUCUGCUCCAAAGACCAGAGGUGCAAGAAAAAGAGCAUCGUCCUGUUCCGUGGACCUGCAGUGGCAUCCCUGAAAGCCAGGACUCCUGGCUUUUCGUAUGUCAAGUGCCCUGACCUCUAGGGCACUCAGACACAGUGCCUUAGUUUUCCAGCCCGUGAAAUGGGCCUCAGGGAUCUGGGGUGGGGUGGAGGGGUGGAAUGUGUCUUGCUGGGCUGUCUGGUUGGGGUUCAGGAAUAAACAGGACCCCCAAGGGGUGGGUCCUUAUAUGUCAGAUUCUUUUUUCUUUCUUUGUUUCAAGAGUUGAAUGGGGAAUAGGAAAGCUCCAGGCAUAAAAGUACACACUUUCUGUCCUGCUGUCUCAGUGGGGUUUGAUCUCACAGGACAAUCUUGUGUCAGACUAGUCCUAGUAGCUGGUUGUAGUGCCAGUCAGCCCUGGAUGGGCUUGCAGACCUGGGUUAGUAGUGGUCUUGGCCUGGUAGCAGAUGUUUACAGGGUGCCUAGCUGUGCCAGGCCCAGGGAUGGGCAGGAGUUGGGGAGUUCAAAACUGAACAAGGCCACGGUGGCCCCUAGGAGCUAAGACCAACCCCUGGGGUCAGGAACAUGUACUGCGUGCCCAGGGUCUUGUGUGUGCCAGCCAUCAAGAAAUAAUUGUUAAAUCAUUGACAGGUUGAAUGCGAUUUGGGAACAAAUGGGGCAGGAGUGAAAUGGGGUGGGGCUCUAAUCUAAGCGGAGAGAAUUGCUCUGAGUACUUUGUUUCAAUAUCUAUUGAAUGCCAGCUCUGGGCAACCACAGAACACUCAUGAGACAGUCAUUCUCUGUGUGGAUUAGGAAUGGGGCCAGAGGGCAAAUGUUUUAAUAGCUUGAAUGAAAGCCUGUAGUGAAUUAACAGGGUGGCAAGGGAGGGCUGGGGUCUGACUUGGCUGCGAGUGGGAGGGGAGAGGAUUUAUUCCAGCAUGUGUGGGUGCCAAGGAGCUCAGGCUAUGCUGGGGAGACGGUGUGUGCCCCCCCAACCACCACCCCAAUUAGUGGAGCAAGCAGGGCCUGUCUGCCCUGAUCAGAUGGAAGACCGUGUCCAGGGGCCCCAAGGACAGAGGAUUGAGCAAGGGUUCAUCCAGGUGACUCACGAGUUGAACCCUGGGGGGAGACUAGGUGUUUACCAGACGGGCUGCAAACAGGGAGGGUGUCCAGGCUGAGGGCAGCAGGGGCUGGGACAAGGAAUUGUGGAACCACACAUAUGUCUUGCCAUGCUUAAUGCAGAAAAGAUUGGAAUGGAGGCUAGGGAGCCAGUGACAAUGGCCCUGGUGAGGGGAAGACGGCUGAGGCAGGCCUGGUGGGCGUGGAGAAGCUCCAGCGUGACACAGGAAGUGGGCUUGACUGGAUGUGGGGCAAUGCAGAGAACGAGAAGGGUCAAGCAGUGCUGGGUCUCCGGCCAGGAAAGUGAUGAGCAGCUGGCAAGUUUAGGGACAAGAUGUUUCCCUGGGGUGUCUGUGGGACCUCAAGUGGAGAGCAGAGCAGGCUGUUGAGUAAGUCCUAUGAGUUAGGAUAAUGCAGGAAAAGGUCCCCUCUCCCCCAGCUCAGUGGCUAAAGGCAAUAGAAGUUUGUUUAUUGCUCAUAGAAAGUCCAAAGUCAUGCACCUGACCAGGAAGGUUGGGGGUGGGUAGCUGUCAUGCAUUUGGGGUUAAGGGACCCAAACUCCUUCCCUCCGACAGCUCUAUCACUGGGCCUUGGACCUCAGACUCUAGCAGGUCCUCUGUAUUCUGCUAGUGGAUGGGGCAAGAGAGAGUGGAGAAGAUAUUCCGGCUUCUUUAAAAAAAUUUUUUUUUUUCUUUUGAAACAGUUUCAGACUUACAGAAGAGUAGCAAGAUUCCCGACACACCCUUCCCCCAGAUACCCCUUACCACCUGUGCCAAAUGCCCCAGUGAUGUUCUCUGUGACAAAAAGACCUCAUCUGGGAUCAUGAAUUGUACCCACUUGCCAUGGCUCUCUCCCUACCCUGACGUGGAGCAGCUCCCAAGUCUUUCCUUGAGUUUGAUGCCCUUGACCUUCCUCAAGUUAUUUUGUAGAACGUGUCUUAGUGUGGGUUUGUCCUUACUUCCACAUGGUUAAAUUCAGGAUGUACAUCUUUGGGAUAUCACAUUAGUGAUGUCUUGUCAUUGUCUCCUACUGGGUGUCACAUGAUCUUUAUUUGUCAAAUUACAGAUGAUAAUAUCGAUCUUUGACUAAGAUGAUGCCUGCUAGGUUUCUCCACUAUAAAUUUUCUUUUUUCUUUGUAAUUAGUAGAUAUUUGCGUGGGAAUAUUUGAAGACUAUGUAAAAAUAUUGUUCCUCACCCAGUUUCAUCUACUGUGCUUAUCACCUACUGAUGUCCCUUGACUAAAUAACUUUAAUGUUUACCAAAUGGUAA